AAAAACCAUACUUCAGAAGAUACUUUUCAUUCUGUUUUUUUUUUCCUUUAAUUUUUUAAAAUUUUUUUGUUAAUUUUUUUCUUCAAAUGGUUAUGAUGACGAAGAAUCGGAAUAUUCUAUCGGAAAAGCCAUGGUUUUUCGGCUUAAGCCUGUCUUGUUUAAUCGCCGGAGCGCUGCUAAUCACAACGUUCUUGAAAGCGGACGAGGGAUCGCGGCUUUGCUCUCUAACGGGGACUCGAAUCAAGUCGGUGGUGGCGGAGAAGGAGAACGAAUAUGUUCCGACGGAUAUUCAGCUUCAGGCCAUUAUCCACUACGCCACGUCGAAGAUUGUGCCCCAACAAUCCAUCGGAGAAAUCACCGUCUCCUUCGACGUCCUCCAGUCACGGGGACCAAGUAACUUCCUGGUUUUUGGGCUGGGCCACGAUUCGCUCAUGUGGGCUUCGCUCAAUCCACGUGGCAACACUCUAUUCCUCGAAGAGGACCCUAAGUGGGUCCAGACCGUUCUCAAGAAAGCCCCUCAACUCCGGGCCCACUACGUCAAAUACCGUACCCAGCUCCGGGAAGCCGACGAUCUCCUCGCCACGUAUAAGUCCGAGCCGAAGUGCUCGCCGUCCAAGGCAGCGCCGCUCAAAGGGAACGAACGGUGUCGUUUGGCGUUGGAUAAUUUGCCGGCUGAGGUUUACGAGAGGGAAUGGGAUCUGAUCAUGAUCGACGCGCCGCGUGGCUAUUUUCCUGAGGCUCCCGGUCGUAUGGCCGCGAUUUUUUCGGCGGCGGUUAUGGCUAGGAACAGGAAAGGAUCCGGUGUGACGCACGUGUUCCUGCACGAUGUUGAUCGGAAGGUGGAGAAGACUUUCGCCGAGGAGUUCCUCUGCCGGAAAUAUCGUGUCAAGGCCGUCGGAAGGCUCUGGCACUUUGAGAUUCCGGCCGUUAACGCGAGCCAAGCUGAGGAUACCGGUGCUCGUUUUUGCUAAAGUGCGCCGAUUGAGGAUACGGAAAUUGCGUGAGUUUAUUUUGUUUAUUUUUAUUUUUUUAAAUUUCAAUUCUUAUUUUCACGAUUUUAUUAAAUUACUCUAAUGUGCGCCUUGGGCGUAAAGAGCAAAGACAGUACGUAUUUUUAAUUGCGGAAGUUAAACUUUUACAAUGUAUAUGGUAGAAAGAAUAAUAGAAAUAUAGAAGCUAAGACUUUAGCUUCAUUGAUUAGUAUUUUAA